GGAAACGGGAACGAAAGAAAUUCUUCCGUGUAUGAAACGGUUUACCAAACACCCCUAGACCCCGACCUUCGAAGAAAACUGAAAAGCAAGUCGUCGUUCUCGCAAUCAGCUGCUUUUCUUCUCUCCUAUUCUGUUUUCCACCGGCUGUUGUUGCGAUCCACCGAUCGUGUCCAGCAUCUGUUUCUUCGAUUUGAUUCUCUCCGGUAAGAUUUUUCGUAGCACUCUCCUCCCGUGGAGAGACGGCUGAUCUCGCCGGAGCCAUCGUGCUCUAGGGUUUUGAUUUUGAUUGUGGUUGUGAUUGUACUCGAGAACUACUCGAUCGCAAUAGAUUCUUUUGUUCCCUCAAGCUCGUUGUGGCUUGUUUUUGUCCGUGAUAAUUCUGUUGAAUUCUUCUACUGUGGGUUCUAGUUUUUCUGCUUAUUUCCCUCUUUCUGCGUUCUGUUUGUCUGAGAGAUCUGGUUUUGAUUGUAUUGUUGGAGAAGAGUGCGAGGUAGAGAUUUAGGGAAGGAAAGAAGAAAGAACAAAAUAGAAGAGGCAAAUUGUCGAAUUGUUGAUUCUUUGUCUAGUAGGGGUUCAGGAACUUUUGAAGUUGUGCUAUAUUGAGUUUGUGUUUUUUUUUUUUAAUUAUUGAGAGGAAUUUUUGGUUCUGAAUAAUAUGGCGGCAGGGCAGGUACAUGUUGCGAGAAGAAGAGAUUAUAAUGGUUACUUCAAAAGUGAAACCUACCACCUUAAGAAUGGGGCAAGGGGGCACUGUGUCUCCUCUAGAAUCAGCAGUUCCUCGAGUAAAAGUGCUGGUUUUAGCUGUGGAAAGGAGAAGCUGGAUCAUAUUAGGAAUGAGAAAAAUCCCCUCGAUUCCUUGAGGCUCGAAGAUGGUGAAAUAUCGCAUCCACAAAAGAAGAGGAAGUUUUCUCCCAUUGUUUGGAAUCUAGAAGACAAUGGAGAGGUUUCACCGUCUACUCCUCAUUCCUUAGGAGGAUGCGGUGACCAAGGAAUGAGCACUGAUUGUGACAGGAAUGACCUAGAUGUCACUGUUAUUGUUCAGGAUCAAUAUCAAGGGAAGACAGAGGAUCUUGUCCAAGGGCGGAACAUUUCAAUGUCGCGGUGGUCUUUUGACAGUGAUUGUUUAUCUGAUGAUGAAAUGCCACAUAACGAAGACGUGCCAAGAAAAAGUUCCAGUCCAUCUUCUGGAUUGGUUGAGAUGGGAAGUGCUGGAAGUGGUGAAGAUGCUCCGAAUAAACUGGAGGAUGUAGCUAUCACUAGUGGGAAUGAUAGUUGUUGCUUGAAAGAAGUAUGUUCUGAUGAUGAGUCCGAGUUUACCGAAGAUAUUUUAGUGGCUGAUAAAAGAAGGGUGAAUAUGCUUCAAUGUUGUAGAAGUGUGUCAGAGUAUGAGAGGCUGAAUGCAAUUAAUGAGGGCACAUAUGGAAAAGUGUACAAAGCCAAAGAUAAGAAGUCGGGGGAAGUUGUGGCUGUGAAGAUGGUGAAGAUGGACCAUGGGGUAGAGGACUACGGCUUUCCGGUGUCAUCUUUAAGGGAAAUUAACCUUCUUUUUGGUUUACAACAUCCUUCAAUUGUACAAGUGAAAGAAGUUGUCAUGGAUGACCGUGAUAACGUUUAUAUGGUUAUGGAGUACAUGGAACAUGACCUGAAGGAGCUUACACAAGGCAUGAAACAGUCUUUCAGUACAAGUGAGGUUAAGUGUUUGAUGUUACAGCUGCUGGAAGGUGUGAUGUAUCUUCACGAUAAUUGGAUUAUUCAUAGGGAUUUGAAGACCUCUAACCUUCUACUGAAUAAUCAAGGUGAUUUGAAAAUAUGUGAUUUUGGGAUGUCACGCCAAUAUGGAAGCAGCCCAUCAAAGCCUUACACUUCUCUUGUGGUGACUUUAUGGUACAGGGCUCCGGAACUUCUACUUGGAGCAAAGCAAUAUUCAACUGCAGUGGACAUGUGGUCAGUGGGUUGUAUAAUGGCCGAGCUUUUGGGGAAAGACCCACUUUUCAAUGGAACAAAUGAGUUGGGGCAACUUAAGAAGAUAUUUGGAAUUCUUGGCACGCCAAAUGAGGAUAUAUGGCCUGGUUUUUCCAAGUUGUCUGCGGCAACACCAAUAUUUACUCAGCAACCGUAUAAUUUACUUCGCAAGAAGUUUCCUGCUGCAUCCUUCACUGGAUCUCCAGUUCUUUCCGACUUGGGGUAUGACUUGUUGAGCAAGCUUCUGUCCUAUGAUCCAAACAAGAGAAUAACAGCAGAUGCUGCCAUUGAUCACCCUUGGUUCCGCGAGGUUCCGCUUCCCAAAGCCAGGGAGUUCAUGCCUACCUUCCCCCCUCAGAUUUCGAGGAAGGUUAGGGAGUUGGUCUGAUUUAUGUCAUACAGUUCCAGGAUCUCACUUAGUGUGUGGUUGUCACGAAAUGUUUAGGUCUUUCCAAGGUCGACAGUGAGCUGCUUGUUCAUAUCAGAGUAUUUCAAGGUGCUUAUUGUUGAGUGCUGCUCAUGAUGGUCAUGUAAACCAGCUCUUCCUUGCAAUGACAUUUUCAAAUUGGAUAGAUGAUUCACUUUCUUCGUAACAAAUAGUGUUUGAGCUUUUUCCCCACUUCUGCGGUCUGCUCUUUCAACUUGUAUCAGCUCUCCAUGAAGUUAGGGGUGGGCAUCAUUGCGGUUCGGACUAAAUUCAUUAUGGUUUGUACAUAUAAUUUAAUAAAAUUGACUCUGUUUCAGUGACACCAAAACAUAGCAGUCCUAUAAUGAGACUUCCUGUGAAAAAUAUAUUUCAUUAUUGCCUCAUAAUAAUGGAAUGGAAACCCCUUGUAUUCCUUCAUUCAUGAGCAGUCCUAUAAUGGAAACCCAUUGUCCUUCCAUUGCAGAAAGUAUAUUGUUGGAUUGUGAAACACAAAUUGAAAAGCUGUUGGCAACUGUUUUCGAAGCUACGAGUUACUGGAUGAAUCCUCUCCUUCUGGUUUGGCUGACUUGUUUGGUCCAGUGCAAGAUUCUGCUGCAUUAGCUUUAACUCAUGCUAUCGAUGUCUAUACCCUUCUUCAUGAUAUACUGUCUCAUGAUGCACAAAUUAUGUUGAAGAACUACUUACAGGUAAUGCUAAAAGAUGUUAUCCACUACAUCCGAGAGCUCAUUUAUUUUCUGUUCCGUCAUUUCAUAAUCAGCGGGAGAAGUUUCAAACCAGAUGAGUCUCUUUGAUUACAGACUGCAGCGAAGAAAAGGUGUUGUAAGCACACGAUCGAGACUGACGAAUAUGUUUCCAGCAAUUUCGAAGGCUUCCUCUUGGACUCCAUAACUGUCUCGAACGCUUAUCUGAAGAUGAAAAAAUCUGUGCUUGAACAUUAGCAAAGAAAUACAGGCAGACAUCAAAAUCCGCAAUCAGAACAUCUUCCCCAGGCAAGAAUAUCUUCUCCACUUUAACCAACCAUGUCCAAUAUGAAGAUUUUAAGGUCUUGCCUUGUCUUGUUUACUUUUACGUGUAAAUUUUUCCUCUUUCAUAAACUUCACCCUUUUGCACAUUCUCAGAACUCGAGCUCUUUGUUCUGACAUGCCCUCUUUUGUGUAUUUUCAGCUCCAUUGACCUGUCAAACAUCUCAGCUGCUGUUUACAGCACGGAAUUGUGUAGCAGGCUUAGAAGCUUUCUGUUGGCAGGCCUCCAAGUAGCCCGCAGCCACAUGUAAAUGAGCUUCUGAUAGCAAUUGCUGACUCUGAAAGAGACCUUGAUUUAUGGAAAAUCAGGUUUGUUGCCAGGAUCAAACACGUAAACUUGUCCAAAUCCAAUGCUAUGGAUAUAAUACAAUUCCUUGUUAAUUGCUGUUCCUUUCGUGGUAUUAUUCAGUCCUGUGGAGGGUGGUGUAGAAGCAAGAGGGUUGUUUCACAGCUACAUUAUUGUGUGGGUGCAAGAUAUUGAACUGAACUUGCUUGAGCUUUGCAAAGCAGAGAAGGUAUAGCCAUUCUGAUACCUCAGUCUCGUUUCUGAUAUCUCAGUGUCAGUCAAAAACACAAAAAAGGUAUUGGUUUGGCUGGCUGGCAACCCAAAGACAGCAGCAUUCAUACCUAGAUGAUCUUUUGCAGGUUCCAUGGGCUGGGGUAACAACAAAUCAAGCCACUUCUCCUUUUGCUGAAGAAAUGUAUGACAAAAUGAAGGACUAUCUAAUUGGGUAUGAAAUGGUGAUCAAUAGAUGGCCUCAGUGCUCUCUGAUUCUUGAAACUGUAAUUCUAGCUCUUCCGAAUCUCAAACCAAUAGCAUAAAGGAUAGAAAACAAAGGAUAGAAAACAACCUUAACCAACUGCAAAUAACCCUUUUUCUGACUCCUGGAAGGCUGCUGCUAAUAUGGAACGAGCAAUAAUUAAGGCAUUGGAGAAGCAGUACAGUGACAUCUUAACGCCAUUGAAGGACAAUAUCCCCAAGAGGCUGAAUAUGCAUGUCCAGAUGCUGACAAGAACACAAUCCAAUGCACCUUAUUCUGCACCCAAUCAAGUAAGUGAUUCGGAUACGGGUUACAAAUGUAUCUAAGGUUUCUGCAUUUGCAUCAGCUUAGGAAUCUUUCGUUUAUGCAGCUGGGAACCUUUUUGAACACGAUCAAGCGAAUCAUAGAUGUCUUGCAUUGUUGAGUAGAGGAGCUUUUGAGAUCCUGGGCCUCCUGCCUUCCCGUGGUUGGAGAUAAAAGGUCUUCCUCGGGGAGCAGACGAAUGGGAUCCCAGUUCUGCUCAAAACCAACUACAAAAAUUACUUGCAGGCCACGGUGGAAAAGCUUGUCAACAACGUAAACUCAAUGCCUCUGAUCCAAUUAUCGUGACAAGUCAUGAGUUAUGUUUCAAUUGUUUCUUGCCUUGACAAUAUGUGGUUUCUUCAGAUGCAAGCUAAUCGUGGCACGAGGCUGAAGAGAAUAUUGGAAGAGAUAAAAGAAGAAGAUGGGGAGGCUGAUGUUAGCGAAAGAAUGCAAAUGAUGAUGUCACAGCUCACCGAAAACAUAUCCAAUAUGCCUGGUGUCUUCUCCAGCCGGAUAUUCGUUGCAGCCUCUCGUGGAUUGUGGGAUAGAGUGGGACAGGUAGAAGAAUCAGCUAACCUUAUCUAUGUUCUUAAAAAAAAAAUUUGCCUUGCUUCCGAAGAAAUUAUUUAUGUCUUGACUGGUAGUUUGUUCAUUCAUUCUAGAUUGUACUUAGUUUCUUGAGGGCAGAAAGGAGAACAGGGUUUGGUAAAAUGGCUCCUGCUAUGCUCUUGGGGAUCCUUGAAAGUUUAGCACUUUUUUUUACUUACCAUGUUGCUAAAGAGUGUAAUUGAUGAGAAAGCUGUGCCCUUGUUUACUUCCACAGAUUAUGGGCGACAUAUUUGCUUCCCAGAUGCAGAGGCUUCUCGGAAACUCCUGCAAGAUAAGGAUACAAAGCCGCCGCGAUCAGUAAUCGAAGCACGGUCAAUUCUCUGCAGAGAUGCUGUAAAUGCAACAGACACUUCUACCUAUUUUUUGUCUAGCUUCCCCCAAUUAAGACCAAGAAGGGGAAAAAUCAAUACAUGCAGACCUUACUUGUAUAGUGAGGCAAUGGGUUCAUCAUUCUUUCAUGUAUAUGUUGCAAAUUGAUUUGAUCAUUGAUGUAUUGUUGACACUAUUUUGUAAUUCUUCAUAUCCUUUCAUAUAGGAACUGGGUAAAAGGUCCCCUGCAUUCCUAAUCCUUUGAUUCCUCAGUAAAUUAAGGUUUAUACA